AUGAAGAUUCACGAGAUUUUCAAUUUGUUCAGCGGCAGGUAUGAUUUUUUGAAGCGAGAACAUUGUAGUCGUACUUCCGCUGCUUGGUGUUUGGAAAAAGAUACAAACAUUUCAGACGUUCUGACAUCCCAUACACGAGUCUAAACCGCAAGAAGCAGCCAAUGUCCUCCGAAGAGCCGAAGGUGGAGGAAAAGAAGACGAAGCAGAAGGAAAGCUUUUUUGACGAAAAAGUUCCGUCGCCGUUCAAAGAACUGCAGCAGCAGCUUAGAAAGCCGGAGGGAGGUCAGUUGGCCAGUCUCGGACUGCUUUGCGUCGCCAUGUCCCUGGCAGGACUCCCUGUACUCAUCGAUACCAAGAUGUCAGAUCCUUCUCAAGAAGAGUCCGACGGUUCAUCAAAUCCACCAAGACCCAAUUCCGCCUGAGGUACAACUGCUUUGUUUUUUUUAAAAUAAAGUGUGUAAUUUUGAUUUUCAGCUCAGCCAGCCAGCAGAACCUCACACAUCGGCUCAUCCAGUGA